AUGUCUUUCUCAUCAGAUGAUGCAGCAGAUAAAUUAAUUGAAGAUACGUUAGACCAACAUGUUGAUAAUUUUAUCGACCAACAAGUUGAUAAUUUCAUCGACCAACAAAUUAACAAGCCGAAGAGACGAGCGUAUAUCGAAAGACAUAGGGAGCAAGGCCACCAAGACCUUUGGAACGACUAUUUCAGUGAAAAUCCUACAUACCCACCAGAAAUGUUUAGGCGGCGUUUUCAAAUGACCAAGCCAUUGUUCCUUUCCAUUGUCGAUCGCCUGAGUAAUGAAGUUCCAUACUUUCGUCAAAGACCAAAUGCUCACGGAAGGUACGGCCUUUCUGCACUUCAAAAGUGUACUGCGGCUAUACGUAUGCUAGCAUAUGGUCAAUCGGGAGAUACGUAUGACGAAUAUCUCCGACUUGGUGAGAGUACCGCACUUUUAUGUUUGGAGAAGUUCAACGAAGCGAUAAUACAAUUGUUUGGUGAUGAGUAUCUACGAAAACCUACACCAGCUGAUCUUCAAUGA